GCGCGGGCGCGGGCCCGGCGGGCCCUGUCAGCGCGGGGCGGAGGCCGCGGGCCGGGGCUGCCCCCGAGCCGGGCCGGGCCGGGCCGGCAGCCGCGGCCUGGGCGGGCGGGCCGGGGUGUGCUGCGGGCCGGGCCCCGCACAGGCCGGCGGGCGGGCUCGGGGGCAGCUCCGGGAAGGAGCAGCUGCGGCGGGGCGCGCAACUUUCCGCGGAGGCCGGCGGUGCCCUGGCAGGUCCCGCCGGGCGGCCCGGGUGUGGGUCCCGCGGCGGGGCCGCCGGGCUCUGCCGCCGCCCCGGGCAGGCCGGGCACGGCUGGAGGGGGUGCCGGGGAGCUGGGGCCUGCCGUGCUCCCUGCCUGCCCCUCCUGGGCGCUGGGCAGUCAUAGGUUGUGGUUUUGACAUCCAGCCGUUCUUAAGAAUUUAACGUGCUACUUUCCUGAAACACAGAAAUUGUUUUUUCUCAAACUCUGGUUGAAUAUUGGUAACACUUCCCGUGGGGUGUUUUCCUACUUGUGUCUCAUUCCAUGGCUGUUCUUCCAGCAAAUGUCUGCAAGAUGUCCUUCCUGACCAACGUGGUCUGCACAUCUUAUCCACCAAGUUCCUCUUUGAGCUGUUGUGAUAAUCAAAGUAGUGUUAACUUUGGUGUGGGGGGAAAUGUUUAUUGACCCAAAGGUGCAUCCCCAGGAGAAUCCAGGUUUUCAGGUAGUGGGAGGCUGGCCUGGUGAGUCUGUGUGUGCAUGUUGUGUCCCCUCUGGCUUCCAACCACAGAAGUGGAUCCUCUUUUAGUUCCCUGAACCUGCUUCCUGUCUGUGGCAACUUGGCCGAGAUGCCCAGAGCAGAAUCAACACAGAGUAGAGGAAAUUAAGAGAGUAACAGCACAUGUAGCUCUAGUCAGGCCAGCUGGGUAAAAAUCCUGAUAAAUUCAGCUUCAAGUGGGAAAACAGUUCUGAGCUUAUCCACUGGAAUUCCUUUGAGAAAUAACGUUAGAAAGGAGAAGAUGUAAGUUUUAUCUCCUUUGAUCAAAAGGGAGCGAGGUCAGUGUGGCUGUGCCUGUGCACAGAACUUGUCAAUACUGAGGGAGGGAAAUGGGUAAAUAUAGUUGUCAUUUAAUCUCUUGCAGGAGAUCAGUGCCUGCACUUACUUCAGUCUAAUUAGCACAGGAUUAAUGGAUCAUCUCUAGUAUCCAAAUAAGCACAGUAAACUUUGAUUGCCCUCAAUGAUUCACACUCCUCGGGAUGCUGCAGGUGUUUAAAGCACUGAUCACAGCCCACAGCUGGCCCCACUCUGGUGUUGAGAGCUCCUGGCUGGUCAUGGGCCAUCCCUGGUGGGUGUGGAGCCAGUGCUGCUCACCUGGGAUGUCCAUGGCCCCAGCAGACACCCCGCUACCAAGUGGGUUAUUAUUGCAUCCUUGGAAUACUUUUUGCCCUCUCCUUUGCUACUCUACGACAGAGGGAAGGAACUUUGACCACACUCAGUGCAAGCAGAUAUGGACAAACCCCAUGAAAACACAUUAUUUCAAUUGGCUUUAUGUGCAGAGUCAGCUGAGGCUGAGAUAGAGUUAAAAAAAUGUCUGUUAAUCUCGUUAACAUGGUAUCUCAGAUCUUAACACUUUGAGGAAGUUAACUAAACACUUACCUAGUGACUACUUGUGCGUGAGUACUUUUGCAAGUGUAUAGUUAUUUCCUCCUUAGAACUAUGACUGAAGCUCUUACUUUUGUCCAAAUAAAUUAUCUUCUCCGCAUCUGGUAGGAGUCUGACCUGUCCUUAUGCUUUCUCCCCAGCUUUUCUUUUUAGAGGAAAGUCUAAACCUUUCCUUGCUUCCUUCUUUUUGUUGGAAUUUUAAACUGGCUGAAAUGGUGCUCUAGGGGGAAAGCAUUUCACUGUCAUCAAAAGUGAUGAGUUCAUGAUGCAAAGGAAACAACAAAACAGUUUUAGCUUAGAUCCGGUACGGAAGCAUGUUCUAAAUUCAGUUUAGAAUAAAAAUAUUCCUUACCCGUUUCCAUGUAAUAACAUUUUUCAGAUAAAAAUUGGGGAUGUCUGUCCUAAGUUUGCCAAGACUGGCAAUCAUUAACAGCUGAACUUUAAGCCUAUAGUGAAAACAAUGAAAAAAUGUGGCUUGUGUAGCUACUGGCUGGUUCUAGAAAUGGUGGCAGGAGUGUCUUUAUCUUUACAUCACAUACAAACACAUAAGAUGUAAAUGGGGACACUCCAUCUCAAGGACUCUGUGAGGUUCAUAACCACAAUAAUGUCCCUAAAAGUUUUGAGGGUGAGUUAUGGCACUAACCUGUGUCUGCUUUAGGGAACAUGUUUGUUUUUACCCAGCAGCUGGAAGGCUGAGCCACUUGGAACCCCUCCAUUUGCAACCUCAGAAAGCUACGGCCCCCGACCAGCCUUUUCCAGCCGCCCCGUCGCCCAGGCCUGGGAACUGUUGGGAAGCCCAUCCGGCUCCUCGCCAACCAUUUUCAGGUUCAGAUCCCGAAGAUUGAUGUUUAUCACUAUGAUGUAGAUAUCAAACCAGAAAAACGCCCCCGAAGAGUGAACAGGGAGGUGGUGGACACCAUGGUGAGACACUUCAAGAUGCAGAUAUUUGGAGAUCGGCAGCCUGGGUACGAUGGGAAGAGGAACAUGUACACUGCACACCCGCUGCCCAUCGGCAGGGACAGAGUGGAUAUGGAGGUGACACUUCCAGGAGAGGGGAAGGACCAGACAUUUAAGGUGUCCAUUCAGUGGGUGUCAGUGGUCAGCCUGCAGUUGCUGCUGGAAGCUCUGGCAGGGCACCUGAACGAGGUUCCUGAGGAUUCUGUGCAGGCACUGGAUGUGAUCACAAGGCACCUUCCCUCCAUGAGGUACACUCCUGUGGGUCGCUCCUUUUUCUCCCCCCCUGAAGGUUAUUACCACCCUCUGGGUGGUGGCAGGGAGGUCUGGUUUGGUUUCCACCAGUCGGUCAGGCCUGCCAUGUGGAACAUGAUGCUCAACAUUGAUGUGUCAGCAACUGCUUUCUAUCGUGCCCAGCCUAUCAUUGAGUUCAUGUGUGAGGUCUUGGACAUUCAGAACAUCAAUGAACAAACCAAGCCUCUUACAGACUCCCAGCGUGUCAAAUUUACCAAAGAAAUCAGAGGUCUGAAAGUCGAGGUUACCCACUGUGGCCAGAUGAAGAGAAAAUACCGAGUCUGCAACGUAACUCGGCGACCAGCCAGUCAUCAGACGUUUCCUCUGCAGCUGGAAAAUGGGCAGGCAAUGGAGUGUACAGUAGCUCAGUAUUUUAAGCAGAAGUACAGUCUGCAGCUAAAAUAUCCUCACCUUCCCUGUCUCCAAGUAGGACAGGAACAGAAACACACGUACCUGCCCCUUGAGGUCUGUAACAUUGUGGCAGGCCAGAGGUGCAUCAAGAAGCUGACGGACAAUCAGACCUCCACGAUGAUCAAAGCAACCGCGAGAUCCGCGCCGGACCGGCAGGAGGAGAUCAGCAGGCUGGUGAAAAGUAACAGCAUGGUUGGUGGCCCUGACCCAUAUCUGAAGGAGUUUGGCAUCGUCGUCCAUAACGAGAUGACAGAGUUGACAGGCAGAGUUCUGCCAGCACCAAUGCUGCAGUAUGGAGGCAGGAACAAGACUGUGGCCACACCAAACCAAGGUGUGUGGGACAUGAGAGGGAAACAGUUCUACGCUGGCAUUGAGAUUAAAGUUUGGGCUGUUGCCUGUUUUGCUCCUCAAAAACAAUGCAGGGAAGACUUACUGAAGAGUUUCACGGACCAGCUGCGCAAGAUCUCCAAGGACGCGGGGAUGCCCAUCCAGGGCCAGCCCUGCUUCUGCAAGUACGCCCAGGGGGCAGACAGUGUGGAGCCCAUGUUUAAACACCUAAAACUGACUUACGUGGGUCUGCAGCUGAUCGUGGUGAUCCUACCUGGAAAGACACCUGUGUAUGCUGAAGUCAAGCGGGUUGGUGACACUCUCCUAGGAAUGGCCACUCAGUGUGUUCAGGUAAAGAAUGUGGUCAAAACCUCACCACAAACACUGUCCAACCUGUGUCUGAAGAUAAAUGCAAAGCUUGGAGGAAUCAACAACGUGCUUGUACCUCAUCAAAGGCCCUCGGUGUUCCAGCAGCCAGUGAUCUUUCUGGGAGCAGACGUGACCCACCCUCCGGCGGGGGACGGGAAGAAGCCGUCCAUCGCAGCGGUGGUGGGCAGCAUGGACGGCCACCCCAGCCGCUACUGCGCCACCGUGCGCGUCCAGACCUCCCGCCAGGAGACCUCCCAGGAGCUGCUCUACAGCCAGGAGGUCAUCCAGGACCUGACCAACAUGGUGCGAGAACUCUUGAUCCAGUUCUACAAAUCCACCCGUUUCAAGCCCACGAGGAUCAUUUACUACAGGGGGGGAGUAUCCGAAGGACAGAUGAAGCAGGUAGCUUGGCCAGAGCUGAUAGCAAUCCGGAAGGCCUGUAUUAGUUUGGAAGAAGAUUAUAGACCAGGAAUAACCUACAUUGUUGUGCAGAAAAGGCAUCACACCAGACUAUUCUGUGCUGACAAAACUGAAAGGGUGGGUAAGAGCGGCAACGUACCAGCAGGCACAACUGUGGACAGCACCAUCACGCAUCCUUCUGAAUUUGACUUUUACCUCUGUAGCCAUGCAGGAAUUCAGGGAACCAGCCGGCCUUCCCACUACCAGGUCUUGUGGGAUGACAACUGCUUCACAGCAGACGAGCUGCAGCUCCUGACCUACCAGCUGUGCCACACCUACGUCCGGUGCACGCGCUCGGUCUCUAUUCCGGCUCCCGCCUACUAUGCCAGGCUGGUGGCGUUUAGGGCCAGGUACCAUCUUGUGGACAAGGAUCACGACAGUGCUGAAGGCAGCCACGUGUCAGGACAGAGCAAUGGCCGCGAUCCUCAGGCCCUGGCCAAGGCCGUGCAGAUCCACCAUGAUACCCAGCACACCAUGUAUUUUGCUUGAGAGCAUCGGGAAAGAUGAGGCAAAACCAACAACCCGUGCAGCCCUGAAAUGGUUUGAAUGCCUACUGCUCUAGCUAGGGCCCAGUUUGUUUCAGGCUGCCCUCUACCAGCAGCUCUGAACAGUCGCACUGAACCUGUUCUUCACAGCAAUGUCUGAUGCACCAACACAAUUGAGCCAUUUGUUUCAUUAUUUUAUGUAACAGAAAUCCAUAGACUUGUCUUUUCUGAUGCAUUGGACUGAAUUUUUACCUCAAAGCGCAACAGGCCGAUCAUCCUGACAUUUUUAAAGGACUUGGCACGAAAGGUUUCUAAUGAAUAUUUUGCUAGCUGUUGUUUUUAAGUUCCCUCCUCAUCCCAUUAGCUUAUCAUGACGACUGGUUCCCUCUCUCCACGCACUGCUUAGUGAGUGUGCAUAUGAUGGCAAAAUGUUUUACUCCAGCUCAAUGUAAUUGUUCUAUUGUGUGGGGCCAUAGAUUUUUUUAAUGGAGAUUUUAGACUUCACUACUGUAAAUGCCUUUUAACAAACAUAACUUUCACAGGUAUUGCAGUUUUUGGUCGGUUUUACUAAUUAUCUUUUUAAUCUCUGCAGACCUGGGCUGCAAAGCAAUUGCACUAUACUGCGAGUUCAAAUAGGUGGUUCCUGUUCUGUGAAUGUGUAAUAUAACCAGAUAGUGAUGCCUGUCAGUAGAUUUUAAUUAUAAUGGUUACAAAUAAUACUGCCAUGGUAUCGUAACAAGUACUGAACCAUCAUUUCCCCCCUCUAAAAAUGAUAAAAACAAAAAAAAAAUUAGCUUUUAGGUAUUUUGCAGACUUUUACAAAAAAGUGCCCACUUUAUGCUGCUGUGUGGUUUGAUAAAUCUAAGUAAUUUUAAAACUUUUUUCUCAUAGAAGGUUUAACUUUGGCAAUAAAUAUUUGUUUUUUAAGCCCCCCCAACAGUGUAAUUUUCUAGCUGAGGAUUGUGCAUGAGUUAAACCAACAUUCUCGUGUCGUUUUCUGAACACACAAUUUGGCAGUUUCUGAAACUAAUUAGAAAAGACACACUUCCAUGCUUUUUUUAAGAAUUAUUUUUAACUGUUUUAUAUUCACUGUUGGUGUCCUGUCUACAACAUUUUUUAUAAGCUUGGAAAACUGGGUGUUACAUGUAGGAAAGGCUUGCCAAUCUGUACAGUCUAAGUGUAUUGUGUGACAGGCAACCUAAGGACUUGUACCAGCAUUUAAUUUUUUUUUCCCCCGGGAAUCUAGGUUGCACACACAACUGCAUUCAACAGCAUGUUGAACCAAACCAAGUCUCAUAAUCUGAUUCUGUCCCAGCCUAGAAAUUAGGGUUUUUUUAAUCUGCUUGGCUUUUUUUUUUUUUUUUCCAGCUGCAACCUGUAAUAAGGAAAGAGGGGCUUGGCUUGACUGAGUGCUCUUGAAAUCCAGAGAGUACGUUAAGAUUUCUCUUAGUGUUAACCUGAGUUAGUGCAGAUUAAAAGCUUAUUCCUAAAUUGAGUAGAGCCAACACCACUGCUUUGGUAACAGGAGUUGGAGAAGUCCAGCAUUUGCACUGUGGUCUCUGAUACUCGUCUGGGGUUUGCUGCUAAGUUGUCUGCUGUUCCAAAGCUUAGGAACCAGCCCCCUCAAAAUUUCAGCAAUAUGAAAUGCUGUUUCCUUCAGUCUUUAAGCUUGUAAAUAAAUUGAAGUUUACAUUUCUAAAUGCUGGGGUUUUUUUCAGUUGUACCAGAGUACACUGAACUUAGUCUUCAAGAAGUUUUAUAACCUUCUUGCAAGUAGUAUGUCUCAUUAAAUUAAGUUUAAACUUUUUUGUGUUGAAAAUGGGGUUAAAGCAAACUCUGCUCCUGGCACCUACUGUGGACAGGUUUAGAUUGAAAAAAAAAAAAGAAAAAUAAUCUUUUUUUAAAUUUUUUUUUAAAGAAUACCUCACUUGUGUAAUAAAAUCAGGACAUGUGGGUGGGAGACUGACCGCUGCUCCAGCUAGAUGGCUGCUUUUCUCAGUACUCGUUCAGGGAGAAUACAAAAAACCCCUUUUUAGCAUGAACUCUGACUGACCCAACACACAUGGAGAACUUUGGCACCUUGAAAAGAAACUGAGCACCCUUCUUAGGUUCUAGGAUCAAAGAUCGCUGUUUUGAGUUUGUGCACUAGACAAGAGUGUGGCUGGUCUCAUCAAGGGUGCAUAAGAAAUACUUAAUUUUAUCACCAGUUAGUUAGUUGUCCAGUGCCAAGCACUCCUAGAUCAGAUUGAGUGAAGUGGGAGCCUCUCCUUUGUUUGCCUGUGACUGGACUGAGUGUUUAACCUCCGGCUACACGGAUUGUGAGACCUCGGUGGUCUCAGACCCAGGGCCAGGACCUGAACUCCAUCUCCCUGAAACCUGCUGGGGAGAAGAGCACGGGAGUUCAGGAGGUGUCGUGGCAGUGACAGGGGGAUAAAGCUUUGGCAGUGCUGUCCUACACAGCUCUGAGCCCAGGUCUGGAGUCUGGGCUCAGCGAUCCGGAUUAACCCCUCGGGACUGACUGAAUCGUGAUGCAUGUGUCAAUCAAUGGGAAGAUGUGCAUUCUGUAGAUGUAGUUCUUAGGGUGUUUUGUUUUGGGUUUGUUUUGGGGUUUUUGUUUUUUUUUAUAUAUAUAUAUAAAUAAAGCCUGUUGGCCACUGUUUAGCUAUGUGGUGUGGAAGAUUUUAAAUGUAGCAAAGUUUAAAGAGUUGAGGAAGGGGGUGGUUGACGCUUAAAAAAAGAAAAAAAAAAAAAAAGAGGCAGAAAUCUCAUUUUGAAACCAAUUCUGCUUGCUUUGUGACCAGCUGAACUCUGAAAAAGCUCUGGCAAUCACUAGUUAGCCUGUCUCCAACAUGUGAACAGCCUGGCUUAUUUGUUGUUGUGAGCACCACAAGCACCAGGGUUAUUUAACCUCCAUCAGCAGCUUUGCUCUUCCCUGGGGAGGGGCAUCUUUGUUCAGAUCCAGUGUUUGAUGAAACCCACCCCCCCCAAUACCUUUGUGGAUGUGCUGUAGGAUUUUUCUUGCUCAAUAGCAAGGGAGUAACUCUGCUUUCAUUUUUGGAAGGCAGGGUUUGGAGGGCAUUGUAUCAAUACUGUUUCAACUACAAGGUUUUUUCCUUGUGCAUUGGAGGAAAGAUCUUGUAAUAUCAUUUACAGGUUUUCUUAUACCUUGCUAUUGACAUUUUCAUAUUUCUAUGUCUAGAGGCUGAGACUUCAAUGUAAAAUGUUUGCAUUUGUUCAUUUUGACUUAUGAUGUAAUUUUUGUUUCUAUAUUGUUAGACUUGUAAUGUUUUAAAUUGUAUUUUAUUAAAUUUGGACUGGAUGUAUGUCUAUAGCAAUACGAGGUACUCUUUCUAAACUGUUCUGGGCAGGUUAGCAGCCCCAUGUUGCAGUAAGAUGCUGGUCGUGUACAACUUGCAAUGUAUUUUAUUUUAUUUUUUUUUAGCCUGCAGGGAUAUUUUGUGUUCAUGUGUCCAAAAAUAAUAAUAAAAAAAUACUGGCAUUCUUGUGCCAAAUGUUCUGUUUUUCCUUGUUGAUGUCUAAUAAAUGCAAUGUACAGAGUGA